AUGUCUAACCUCGGCCUGCACUCGCUCUCUCUCCCGCCCUUCCUCCUCCACUCCCCGGCGGCAUCAAUCCUAUUCCCCGUCAUCACAGGCGGGCUGAUCGGGUACUCGACCAACCGACUCGCGGACACCAAGACCGUCUACAACAGGCUUUCCCAGCCCCCCUUCCGCCCUCCCUCCUGGCUCUUCGCGCCCGCGUGGACCCUGUUGUACGCAGGAAUGGGCUACGCAGCGCACCGUGUGUCCCUCACCCCCUCACCCUCUACCCCGCGGGCACUCGGCCUGUACUCCCUGCAACUCGGCCUGAACUUCGCGUGGAUGCCGCUAUUCUUUGGCGCGCGGAGGGUGAAGGCCGCAAUGCUGGAUAUCGUCGUGCUCAUGGGGGUUGCCGGCGGGACGGCGUAUCAGUUUGCCAAAGUGGAUGGGAUGGCUGGCAGAUUGAUGAUCCCGUAUAUCGCCUGGUUGGGGUUUGCGGCGUAUCUUACCGCGGGUGUGGGGUUUCUGAAUGGUUGGGAUAUUAAGGGCGCUGUCGAGAAGGAGAAGGGGGGGAAGACGGUGUGA